CUGAUCCGCCAGAACCCGGGCAUCCUGCACAGCAUCAGCACCGGGCUGCAGAGCGCCAUCAAGGAGUGCAAGUGGCAGUUCCGCAACCGGCGCUGGAACUGCCCCACCACGCCCGGGCCCAACAUCUUCGGCAAGAUCGUCAACCGGGGCUGCCGGGAGACGGCCUUCAUCUUUGCCAUCACCAGCGCUGGCGUGACGCACUCGGUGGCCCGGUCGUGCUCGGAGGGCUCCAUCGAGUCCUGCACCUGCGACUACCGGCGCCGCGGGCCCGGCGGCCCCGACUGGCACUGGGGCGGCUGCAGCGACAACGUCGACUUCGGCAGGGUCUUUGGCCGGGAGUUCGUGGACUCCAACGAGAAGGGCCGGGACCUGCGCUUCCUCAUGAACCUGCACAACAACGAGGCCGGGCGCAUGACAGUGUUUUCGGAGAUGCGGCAGGAGUGCAAGUGCCACGGGAUGUCGGGCUCGUGCACGGUGCGGACGUGCUGGAUGCGGCUGCCCACCUUCCGCACGGUGGGCGACUUCCUGAAGGACCGCUUCGACGGCGCCUCCCGCGUCGUCUACGGCAACAAGGGCAGCAACCGGGCGUCCCGCGUGGAGCUGCAUCACCUGGAGCCCGAGAACCCGGCCCACAAGCCGCCCUCGCCCCACGACCUCGUCUACUUCGAGAAGUCGCCCAACUUCUGCACCUACAGCGGUCGCACGGGCACAGCCGGCACGGCCGGGCGCUCCUGCAACAGCUCCUCGCCCGCCCUGGAUGGCUGUGAGCUGCUGUGCUGCGGCCGCGGCUACCGCACCCGGACACAGCGGGUCACCGAACGCUGCAACUGCACCUUCCACUGGUGCUGCCACGUCAGCUGCUUGAACUGCACCAACACCCAAGUGCUGCAUGAGUGCUUGUGAGCGGGCAGCGCCUGGAGCCCCCUGCCCUGCCGAGGCCCCCCCGCCCACCUUUAUGGCAGCCCCGGGGCCCUGGAAGCAAACCCAUUUCCCUGCCCCGCUCCGGCACGGCAAAGCCUGCCGGGGGGGGAGCACAGACACAUGGGGACGGCCUGGCACAGUGGGGGGCAUCCUCCAUAGAGCCAACGGGCAGCAACCCUGGCACCAUAGCGGGGCCAGGUGGGCAAAAGGGACCAGGCCGGCAGCUUCCUUGUACACCCCCACUGCUCUACAACCCUGGCCGAAGGGGGGGUCCUGGCUCCACAGCCCAAGACAAUGGGGCAGGGGGGAGAGCCCAGAGCGGUGCCCCUCUGAGGUCAAGAUUUGAACCAGUGACCAGGACAGGGGGUGGCUCAGCAGCCCCCUGCCCCACCCCCCCAGCCAGAUGCUCCCCGCUCUUCCUCUGCCGCAUGUGCGGGAAGCUGAAGGGUGCCUGGACGAUGACACACUGCACCGGUGUUUGCAGCCGGCGCCGACUGCCACGUGCUACGGGGCCUCGCACGGCUUUGCCAGGACAGCAUCCAACCCAUAGCCUGGCUCUGCCCGGGGGCCGUGGGAGUGACGCACAGAGACGCGGUGGGGGGGGUCUCUGCUCGCCUGCACAUACGCUAUUUAUUGGGACUGGGUUUGUAUCGCCUCGGCGGCCCCUGCUCUUAAACACUCCCACGUGCUGGAUCCGGCCGUGCCCCUUCCUCCCCUGUGAGCACUGAGGACGCGGCUGCUUCGUUACGGAUAAACCUGUAGGCUCCUAGAGAAGAAUAAAGUCUAUUUUUAUCAAGA